AUGCCUGUCCCUCUAUACAAAAGAACCGAAAAGGCUGACUUUGAAUAUGAUGGGAAACGUUCGGUUUGGCCGGAGCAUACAUUCCUUAAAAUCCUUAUCGACUUGACCUUACCGAUUGCGGCCUUCCUCUUCCGGAAAACGAUGUCGAUAUAUUUAUCUCCGACUUAUUUCUUAGCAUUAUUGGAAAGUCGCUCUGGAUGUUACUGA